AUCAUCUUUGAUGUUGCAGUCAAACUGCAAAAGUACAGAUGAUCAACAGACUGUAGCAAAACUUAAACUGAAAGCAUCUGAUCUUAACCCACUUGGUGGGUAGUGUUUAGUGUACAGGUGUCAGCUCUAUCAGGUACAUCGUCUACUUAUAUUUGAAUGGCCUCAGCUCACUAAAGGCGACAAGGGAGGGAGAGGAAGAGAGGAGCGAGGUAGAAACUAGGGCACUGUUAUCUGGCCCCUUUUUACCAACCACCAGGCAGAAAGCAGAGAAUGAGAAAGAAAGAGCCUUGGAGAGAAGGAGAGGACACCAGCAGUGAAGUGAAGCUUUAGUCCGGACGUGGGAACCUCCAGAGUCAACAUCUGACACCAAGGACCUGAAGAAAAACAGCACAAAGACAACCUUGACUGACUCGCACACUCGCAGGGACGUGCAAACCUGCGUCAUUGGCUCGGAAAAGACCACAAGCAUGUUCGAGGAGCAGGCGACCAAGGUCAAAAUCACAUCCGUGGUGAUCGUCGUCGGCAUGUCAGCAAUGCUGGCGGCGGUGGUGACUGACCACUGGGCUGUGCUCAGCCCCCGGGUGGAGAAGCUCAACGCCACCUGCGAGGCGGCCCACUUUGGCCUCUGGAGGCUCUGCAAGAAGAGCAUCUUCAUCGUGGAAGAGGACCCUCAGGGCAAAGGCUGCGGGCCAAUCAGCUUACCUGGAGCAAAAAACUGCUCCUACUUCAAACACUUUACGUCGGGGGAGGAAGCUGAAGUUUUUGAAGUCAAGACCCAGAAAGAGUACAAUAUCUCAGCAGCAGCCAUUGCCAUCUUCAGUCUGUUCUUCAUGAUCCUGGGCACCCUGUGUGUAAUCUUCUCCUUUGGGAAAGGGCGGGACUAUCUGCUCCGGCCUGCUGGGAUGUUUUUUGCCUUUGCAGGCCUUUGCAUCAUCAUCUCUGUCGAAGUAAUGCGCCAGUCUGUGAAGCGCAUGAUCGCCAGUGAUGAGACCAUCUGGAUUGAAUACUACUACUCCUGGUCAUUUACCUGCGCCUGUGCCUCCUUUACGCUGCUCAUCCUCAGUGGAGUCGCCCUACUCCUCAUCUCCAUGCCUCACAUGCCACGUAACCCCUGGGAGACAUGCAUGGACGCUGAGCCUGACACCUUAGAUUAGCCACAGGUGAUGUAACAGCUAUAUCUUUAAAAAAAAACAAAGAAAAAAAACACACACUCUCACACACACACAAACAACUGUAACUAUAACCAACUUUACUCUGAAAGGAGAUGUUUUCUCUUUCUGUUAUUAUUGCGAUCAAUUUUCCAAAGCAUUAAAAGAUUUUCUGCAUCAUUUCUCAUGAUCACAUCCAUUGGUUUCAUUCAGUGUUUACCAAAAUAUUAACACAAAAUAUCAACACAUUGUAGAACAAUUGGGACCAAGGACUGUUUAAAAGUUGGUAAGUUAUAUCUGAGAUCUGAGACUGAUUUGCCAAGACUCAUCUUUAUUCUGUAUUUCUAAAAGCUCCUAUUUUUCUUAAAAUUCAUAUUUUCAAGUAACUAUGACUUAGGUUACAGUACCAGAAAGAAGUAAAUAUCGUUGUGACAAUAAAUAAAUGAUUGGACACACAAUGAUUAGCAAAAGCUGUGUGACAUCUGAAGAUUGGAUUCCUUCAAACAGUCCCAGGCUUUUUUUUUUUUGUCAUUUUUGUCUGUAUGUCAACCAGUAAAUCAUUCCUGAAAUGUUACUGCAUUAAAGGAAAUUAAGUCUGAAGUUUUUCUGCUUAGCAUAUAUUUGGCUAGUGCCGACAUGUCAGCAUCUUUCACACAAACUACAGGCAGCCAAUGCAGUGUCUUACUGACCAAAGCAAUUGUAAGGAGGAUUUUGGUGCAACACUGUAUAGUUCUGUGUGACCAAUUUACCCCAGUGACAGCCAGAAACCUCGAGCAACAAUUCACCAAUCAGUCAGGCACCAGUGGUUGCUAGGCCGUCACCAGCUGGUCUCAAGGCCUGUGUGACUGGGUUUUCAGGGGUCACUGUCAAGAGCCUAUAUAAUGCCAGGUUUUAAUGAGGUGUAAAUGUAAUAGAUCAGCAGUUUGAUUUUUUAAUACUGGAUAUUGGAUCCAACAAGUGGAUGGCUAUAACUGAGGAAUGAAUCAGCCUAAAGUAUUAUGGUAUGCUUUGUACAAAUGUGGAAGAAGUAACACAUUAAAAAAACAUCUGGAAUGCUCUUUACGUCCUGUGUAGACAGAUUCUUUUUCAUUUGUACAUCACAUUUAGUUGUUUGUGACACAUUAGCCUGUAAAGAAGUCCAAACUGCUGGGCAGUUACAUAUACAUUCAUAAUGUAUCUGGUCAUCUGUGAUUUAUCUGACACCAGUACUGUCCAACUGCAGUAAAUCGAGUCCUUAUUAAAGUAAGAUCAUUUUCAAAUGCAUUAUUAUACUGAAAUUCGACAAAUAAAUCAGAAAAAGAAAGACUGACUUUUUUUCUUUUAAGAAAGACUGAACUAAAUCUGUACCCCACCACAACAGAUAGGAAGAGUGAGCUUACACGCUUUAAUGAGUUGUAAUGGUCGGCAGCCUUUUCAUUCCUCCAACUUUCUACAAUCGAUUUAUGCCAUUGAUCAUCGUGAGAGAGACACCGCAUCCCGGAUACUCCCUUGUUGACAUAAGUCAUUGAUUUUUGAGUCACUGUUCAAGAUCCCUGGUGACUUAGGUCUAGCAGCUCUGAUCCAUACUGUUGUCAAUAAUAUCUGCUGAACCUCUGGCCUGUGCUUUAUAUGUUAGAAAUGUUCUGUUGUUAGUCGAGACCCAGAAAAAAGUAGUUAAAACACUGCAAACAUCAAUUUUAAGAACAUCGCUGAUUAUUUAUAUAUAACAGCAAUAUCUUACUCGAUAUAUAAAGAAUUUGGGUGGUGGUCCCAAUACUUACAGUGGGGCAAAAAAGUAUUUAGUCAGCCACCGAUUGUGCAAGU